AGCAGCUGCCAGUCGGGCAAUAGGGGCUCCCGCCCAAGGGUCAGCUCGGCGUGCGGAGCGAAGAGAGGAGCCGCGGGCGUCCGCCUAGCCCCGCCCCCCGUCGCGAACGAGCUUCCUCCCCCCCCCCGUCGCGCGCUCCCGCCUCUCUCACUCUCCUCGGCGGCGUUACCUGACAGGAGGCGACAUGGCCCCGCGCAAGAGCCCCAAGAGCGGCAGCCCCGGCCCCGGAGCCAGGAGAGAAGCAAGACAUGGAGGGAACAAGAAUGGGAAGAAAGAAGGAAUUUCUGGAAGUUCAUUUUUUACUUGGUUUAUGGUAAUUGCACUGCUGGGAGUGUGGACAUCAGUCGCUGUGGUUUGGUUUGAACUUGUUGAUUACGAGGAAGUGCUAGCCAAAGCAAAGGACUUCCGUUAUAACUUGUCAGAGGUACUCCAAGGAAAACUUGGGAUCUAUGAUGCUGAUGGAGAUGGAGAUUUUGAUGUGGAAGAUGCCAAGGCUUUGCUAGGCUUGACCAAAGAUGGCAAUAAUGAAAAUAUUGAUUCACUUGAGGAAGUCCUUAAUAUUUUAGCAGAGGAAAGUUCUGAUUGGUUUUAUGGUUUCCUCUCAUUUCUCUAUGAUGUAAUGACUCCUUUUGAAAUCAUAGAAGAAGAAGAGAGCGAUGCUGCAGAUGAUGUUGAUGGUACGUCACAGAAUGAAGGGGUUCAGGGAAAAAAGACAUGUGUUAUUGUGGAUUUACAGAACCAAUGACUUUAGUUCAGGGAUCAAGUUUAAUUAUCAAAAUGCCACAGGCUACUGGGGUAAAACCUGAUGUAACCCCUUACCCUCAAUGGACAUAUCAGCCAUGUGAUGUAAUUCACUUGUCAAAAAGCCUUUUUGAGAGAGAGACUGGGGUAAGACAAAAGUGUCUUCAGUAGUAUGAUUGGUUUCUGUAUGGCUUUGUGUCAGUUUGUGCUUUCUUACACUAACUUGUGCUGUGUAUUCUUAGCACUAACCUGCACAAGCUCUAUGGUAGUAACCUACACUAUUAACCCUUAAAUGAUUCACCUUUCUAAUAAAGUGUUAAAUUGCUAUAGACUAUUCUGGCAUGAUUGACAAAUUAUGUAUAUAUUUAUAUUUUAUAUUUUAAGAUUCUGCCUACUAUUGCAUUAAAUAAGAAAACUAUUACUGAAAUUAUUUGAAUUUGCUACCGAUGAGUAUUCCUUAAUUUUAUAAUUUAUUACAUGCUUUUACAGACUUAUGGAGCAGAAUACUGAGGUUACUCAAAUUUGUUAUGUUAGUAAAUCCAUUUACUAUAUGAAAGAAAUAGCAUGCAAUUGUUGUAUAUUUUGAAAUGAAGCUUUCAUUCUUAUUUUCUUUAUAUACUAUUUUAUCUCUUAAAGGCAGAUUUGUUUGUAAAAAUUUAGUGGACAUUUUUUGAAAGCGAGAACCUGUAAAUAUGUAUUUCUCCUGUAAUAUUCAACUAAUUAAAGCUGAUAAAUGCAAACUGUCUUUUAUGUCUUGCUAAACUGAAUGGCUGACUCAGAUUUGCUUUUUGAUUUUUCUGCUCCGCCGCACCCUCCCCCCAUCUCAUAGUGAAGGGACUGAUUAUACAAAUGCCUGAGUUCAGCAAGUUUCCAUGCCCAGCUUUGUGUGGAGCAAAUUAACCUUCUAGAACAGAUAUGUGUGCAAAAUUUUGUGGUGUGUGUGUGUGUGUGUGUGUGUGUGUGUGAUAAAAUCUAGUGCCUGUAUUUCAUGCACACUGCUGAAUAAGACUUAGGCUUGUUUGAUCUGAUGUUGCUGAUCAAACCUUAGACUGCAGUCCUUUACACACUUUUCUAUAAGUAGCAACCAUUGAACUCAAUGGAGCUUACAUCUGAAUAAAUAUGUAUAGAAUUGCACUGUUUGUCUCAGAAUUAGCACAUUUGAUAGAAACUUUCAUGACUCAUAAAUGUGAGUGUUUAAGUAAAGUGUUCAAGUAAAGUCUACAGCCUGAGGAAGAAUUCUAUGGAUUUUCAAAGCUUGCCUGACAUAAUAUUGAGCACAUAAUGUGAAAAAGCUACUUUACAUUUUGCACAAACUUCUGCUUUCUUUGCUAAGGCAGCAAUGUGUAAAUAAUUUGCAGAAGAUGCACUUUGCAUUUUAUUUGUUCCAAAUGAAAAUACCUGAGCUGAACCCUGGAUUUCUGUGACCAUCCUCAACUGUAUCUGAUGCAAAGCAAGUCCAUAUCUUGUAAAAUGGUUGGGCAUAACUGUUGUAGAAAUAUAUUAAAACAGUGGUUUUUUUUAUUGAUAAAUGAUAUAUACUUUGUAUGUUUAGCCACAGUGGAAUAAAUUAAUGAUAACUUUUGGAUACCACAGUAUCGUAAGAAAAGAACUUGAAAAUCUUGAAGAGCUUGCAAGGAAUAUACCUUCAUUUGUUUGGAGUUAUCUUCGCUAAAAGUAGUUUUGUAUACCUGAGAGUAUGAGUUAGAAGUUAUUUAGUUGAGACUGAUGAAAAGGGCAGUUACUCAUAAAAUGGCAUCCAAUAACUCAGGGCUUUGUGGGGCAAAACAUAGCCUUUGUCCUUUUGUCACCAGAUGUUCAGCAAGAAAUUUCAUUUUCUUUUCAGUUGCCUUUUCUGUUCUUUGCGGUGGGGUGGGGUAUGUAAUUUGAACAAUUGUUUCAGUUUUGAAGCAAAGGUGAGGAAGUGGAGAUUUCAUUGGUUUUAUUUAUUUUGCUAAACUUCAGGCUCUUCUAAAAUAAUAGAUUGCUAUAGCUGACCCAAGGCUAUAAUAUAACAGAUUUCAGACCCUUUAUUAUUGGUGGCUAAAAUUUAAUUCUUAUUGGAAAUGGGUUUCACAGUUAUAAACAUCUGAGCAGGACCAUAUAAAUAGAUGUUAAACAAAAUUUGUAUUCUAUUAUAUAAUAACAGCAAUAAUGGUUCAGCUGUGGAGUUUAUUUCAGGGACUAGAUUAGUGAUUGUCUUUUAAAAAAAUGUAUUCGUAAGAUUUGCUUGUCUGAAUGCUUUGUUAACAAGUUUGUUUUUUUAUUGCCCAAUGUUUUUAAAACUUCUGGACCUUUAAUACCACUUCCACAUUCCUUUGGUGAUGAAAUGGUAAAACUUCAAUCAUGUUUGAGGUAACCUUGUUUAUGAUCUGAUCUAAAGUUCAUUUGUUUUUUGCUUUUUGUAUAAAAAGGAAAUAAAGGGAAAUCAUAUAGGUUUGAAUCCAGAGAAAUGCUGGUGGAAGAGGAUGGGUGAAAGGUGACUUCUCUCUCUCUUUGUCCCUACAAAAGUUUUUCCUGAGGUGUACAUUGCUGAAUGGAGUAGGCUGUGACACGCCAGAUUAAGUGGGAAGAGGGGGAUUACUGAAAAUUGGGAGGAGGCAUCUUCUGUGAGGCUAUUUUUCCUUUGCACCCAGCAUAAAAAUAAGCAGGCGGGCAGAGGAGGCUAUGUUAGCCUGCUAUAUUACUAGCCUACAUUUAUUGCUUGCCUGCUUCUUAUUCAUAAAAGAGGACUAGAAGAGGUGGGACCAGAGUGCUACUCCUAUGAAUAAAAACCAGACUUAGUAAUUAUUUUUGUAGGCUAUUAACUUUUAUGGGCUUAUCUUCACAGCUUGCUAAGGUCUUUGAGAGCAUGAUAUUCAAAAGAAACCAGUAACUUAAUAGCAUAUCACUGGAUCUUUUCAGUUUAGAUCUACAGUUUAUAUCUAGUACAGUAUUUUGAAAUCUUCUUUCAAUCACCAUGCUUGUUAUUUUAUUUUAUCUUUAUGCUCCACCUUCCUACCAAAGCACUCAAGAUGGUUUUCAGUUUAAAAUAAUGUCUUCAGUCUCAGGUACAUGUAUCAAAUGGAAGGAAGAAGAAAACAGGCAAGCUCAAAUAUCAACCCAUUCACACUCUUGCACUCUGUAAUUUGAGAACUGGUUGAAUAAUGAAGUUAUGCGGUGACAAGGUAGAAUGGUCAUUGCAGUAGGCACUUUGGGGAAGGAAGGAGCCGAAUGGUAGUUCCCAGUCAGCUAAGGCAGGGAGCCAAUCUGCCUCAAUUUACCAACUAAGACAGCCAGGUAGCAUGUUUAGGAGUAGACGUUAGUAUUCAGAAGUAAUAGUUCUUGUUCAUUUGGAAAACCAGUCCCAAAUCUCCUUUUAUAUGGUUAGUACCUGCAUUUGUUCAUGACCCACUUCACUAUAGCAUUUUGAACUUUGUCUACCUCAGCAGCAGUUACACAUGGUUUUCUGUUGCAUCUGAGUUUAGAAAGUUUUAACUAGCUUUAGUUUCCUACCAAGCCAGGAUAUAAAUACAUGUUUUAAAGUUUAAAUACAUGUUUUAAAGUUUGCUCAAUAUGAGGUCUUCAUUUGGAGCCAUUAACCGUUGUUUCUUAGUUUGGACAUAAUAGAAAUCUUCCUAGCUUGCUUCCCCACUUGCACAAAGGAAAGAGUGAAGUGGCUCUGUGCAAGUGUGUGAACCUUGUUCAACUUUGGAUUAUUAAGCUGAAGUAUGAUAUUCCAAAUGCAUCAAUUGUGGUAGUUUUAGUCUAGUAAUAUAUGCUGAAUACAAAUAUCAUUCAUAAAAUAAGUAAGAGUAAAGGAUAUUCAUACUGGGGGGAAACAAGCUUUCAUUUUUGUGAUGUAACAAUUUUUUAAACAUGUUUCUUUUUUCUGCAAAGUGAAGUCAUUUAAAAAGUUUUGUGACUCAAGUGUUCCUUAAUUUAAGUCUUAUAGUAACAUGGCCACAAAAUGUUCCACUGAACUAAUGUAUGCCAUACUUAGGUACGGAAGAUUCUUUCACAUGAAUCCAUAUGUUUGGAAACAGAUAAAAUAUUAAAGCAUAAGAUAGCAUCCUAUUAGUUUAUGCUUUCCCAUACUUGGUGUUACAUAAUCCAAACAGCACUUUUUCAUAAUUGAUAGUUUAGCUUAUGAGCCAAUUACCAAUGAAAAAAUCCUAUUUGGAAUUCUCUUUGUUUUUGCGAUACAUCUUUCACUUUCUCUUUGAGAACCACCAGUUAGAAAACCCAUACAACAGUAUUACUGAUUUUUUCCCAUUAGACACACACACACACACAGAGAGAGAGAGAGAGAGAGAGAGAGAGAGAGAGAGAGAGAGAUGCUGUUCUCGGAUCAAUUGAGAUGGUGAUGACUAAUAGAGCUCCCCAAACUGGAGAGCUUUAAAAGCCAGAAUAAAAGCAAAUAAAAUAAGACCAUAGAUAACAAGAUUGCAAUACACUAAAAGUCUAAUGGAAUAAAAUGUAUUUACCACCCUCUCAUCAGAAUGGAAUUUCGUUACUGGGGUACUGCUAUAGAAAUGGUCCUUUCCUGUGACCUUACCAAUUACAGCUUUCAUAUUUGAUGAAAUGAGAGAGACUGGGCCUAUUAUACCUGUGUAUGGCUUAUUUUGAAAGCUUUGUUUAAUGGAACACUUCCAGAAAAUAGAACAGUCAGGUCUAAGUAUUUUUUAAGGUCUGAUGUAAUUUUGGUGCUGUUUUAUACUGGGUCAUCUCUCUCCCCUCCCCCCAUGUGUAUAGCAUCUUAAAGACUUAAAAUAAUGUUUGUAACUUGU